UCGUUUCUGGUAUUAAGAUGUAUAACUGUUGUUUUAACUUGAGAAUUUGUCUUGCCCCUUCUGUUUGCUUGGGCUUUUAAUGUUUGCCCAAAAAAAUAUCUUUUAUAUAACUUGUGAAUUUGUGUUGCUCCUUCUAUUUGCUUGGGCUUUUAAUGAUUGCCCAAGUAAAAAAUUUUAUAUACAAGUGUUGUUUUAACUUUGUGAAUUUGUUUUGCUUGGGGUUUUAAUAUUUCCCCUGCACUGUUUCACUAAAGAAAACACAAUUUUCUGGUGAUUGUUUGCCGAGAAAAGGAUUUCUGGUGAAGGAGAAGGAAUUGGUAAGGGAUUCCUAGGAUCUGGUUUAGUUUAUUUCCUACAAUUAUAGUGGAAUUGUAUUUUGGUUAGAUGGGGGAUCAUUUUGUAUUGCUUGUGGAUCGUUUGCUUACCGAGUCUACCCUUGAAGCUGCUAUCGAAAGCAGAAACCGGUUAAUGCAAGCCUCAGUCUCAGCAAUUGCUGAUACAAAGGUUGAUUGCAAGUCGCAUAAGAUGGAUUUCAAACAUGGGUCAUCUCCAAGGAAACUGGUGGAAUGCAGGAUAUGCCAGGAUGAGGAUGAAGAUUCAAAUAUGGAGACACCCUGCUCCUGCUGUGGUAGCUUGAAGUAUGCUCACCGCAGUUGUGUACAGAGGUGGUGUAAUGAGAAGGGCAACACCAUGUGUGAGAUAUGCCAGCAGCAAUUCAAGCCAGGUUAUACAGCACCACCUCCACUGUUUCAAUUUCGGGGUAUUCCAAUAAAUUUGAGGGGAAAUUGGGAGAUUUCCAGGGGAGAGUUGAAUAAUCCCCGGUUUAUAGCAAUGGUUUCUACAGACCGUAAUUUCCUGGAUCCUGAUUACAAUGAGUUUACAACUUCUACUUCAAGAAGCAUGAUGUGUUGUCGUUCAGUUGCCAUCAUUUUCAUGGUUCUUCUGAUUUUGCGGCAUACUCUACCUGUCAUGAUUAAUGGAGCCGAGGAGUAUACUUUCCCAUUAUUCAUGUUGGUACUAUUGCGAACUGCUGGGAUUAUUCUGCCAAUCUACAUCAUGCUGAGAGCGGUCACUGCUAUCCAGCGACGCCCGCGCCAACAGGACCCUCCUACUCCAUAUGCUUCAACCGAUGAAGAAACCGAGCAGCCAGCCCUGCAGCCUCAGACCCACAUCAUCCAUGUUCCCUGAAAUCGUUCCCAACACCAGUGAUCAAUUAUUUCAUCAGGAAAGGAAAUUUGGAAAGUGAAGAUACUUCUGGAGAAUGAUGGAAGGAUUAUUGUUUUCCAAAGAAAAAGAUGUACCUUUUGUCAUCUCUACAAUCAACAAGCAACACUCCCAUGUAGAUGGAUGUUGGUCAAGUUUCAAUUGAGUUGUGGGUUUUAUGAUUCAAGUGGUUCAGUUGCUGCUCAUUAUGUGAAACUCUGUACAGUCCAUGUGUAUAUGAAUAGUUAUUACUAAAGAACAAUACAAGCAAGCAAGCAAAGGAAAUAUUAUCCAUAUACCUUUUACUGAAAA